AUGCCGGGUGCCGAAACGAAGUCUUCCUUUCUUGGAGCGAUUUCUCCUUGGACUUCCCCCAGGAGUACAACCCCCCAGCCAGGCGCAGCAGACCCCGGUACCGGACGAGAUGCCGCUCUACAGCGAACACAAGGAGAGGAUCACACGAUUUCUCACAGGCAGCGGCUGAGCCUACUUCGUUAUCCCGAGGACUGCCCUCCUCUACAGCCUAGGUGGUUCUAUGCAGUUGACACACCUAAGUCCAAGCCUGCGUUCCUAGGGCUCGAAAAGACGGAGUCUAAGCCCUUGCCUCCACCGAAGAAGUUUGUUCCAUUUUCGUCCAGAGACUCCCAGUCUAUCGAAGCCGCUUUCCAGCAACUAUUGAGGCGUGAGGAUUCAAAGCAUGCCGCCGGAGUCAAGGAAAACACCAAGGAGGAAUUGAAUGAAACAAUAAAGGUUCCCGUUAACGAGGACUACUUGUUUGACGUUGAUGUCGAUAGGAGAGAACUCAGUCCUGCAUACUGGUUGGGCCCUGUAUAUGAAGUGCGUCGGGGAACUUGGUUUUUUCAAGAAGGAUCAACACUUAAACCAUGCGAAGAAAACCUAGCUACACAACUUGAAGAAGGAUACUUGAAGGUGAAACCAUGGAAAGUUAAAGAUCAACACUCGAGAACAAAGUCUCGAACCCCUGGGACAUCCUCCAUCAAUGAAACUGGAAAGAUCUCAAGUCAUUCCAGCUCUGUCCCGGAUGCAGCGAUAACCAAAGACACUGGUGUCUCCUCUAAUACUGAACAAGGCGGCAGCGAAAUUCCAUCCACUUGUAUGAGCGAACCGUCAGUUUAUCGCCUCUUUGGCGCGUACAUGAACUGCACAGUCACUUAUCAGGAUUCAUCAACGGCUUGGUUAAAUUAUGAUGAUUUUAUGUCUCGCAUGAGUAGUACGGUUUACCAGAGAUUUGGUGGUGUAGGUGGUACGAAGGUAAUUCGUGGGUACAGCGAGCAGAGAAGACCGAGAGAGGGGAUGGAAACGAAAGGCACCGAGGCAAGGUCAUCGCGACAGAUGAAGUCUCGAGAUGACCCGCUUUCAAAGCAUAGCCACGAUGAUCUUAACCGACUCAAGCGGAGGUCUGCACCGGACUCUUUUUCGUCAUCCACCCUUAAUGACCAACAUCCGGAAGCUGAACAUACCGUUUCGAACGAGCAGAAGGCAACACUGCAACAGCAGAUGUCAUCAUUAACCAGUGAAACACGAGACACCACUGUUCUUGAAGAGGAGGCCAGAAAACGGGAAGAAAAGGAAAUGGAAGACUCUAGAGAGGCUGAUGAUGAGGAAAGAGGAAGGGAGAUUGAUCAUCUGGUGCUUGUCACUCAUGGAAUUGGGCAGCGACUUGGGUUGCGACUAGAAAGCGUCAAUUUUGUACAUGAUGUGAAUGUCUUAAGGAAGACAAUGAAAAGCGUUUAUGCCGCUUCUCCUGACCUACAGGCACUCAACUCCCCAUAUGCUGAUGCCAAGAAGAACUGUCGUGUUCAGGUCCUCCCUGUAUGUUGGCGGCACUUACUCGACUUUCCGCGGCAGGGAUCACGACAACAUCGCAAAGAACUGGACCUUGCUGAUCCGAAUAGCCUUACCGCCGAAGAUGAGCAGUAUCCAAGCCUGGCCGAUAUCACUCUUGAAGGUGUUCCUGCAGUUCGAAAUCUCAUUUCUGAUCUCGCAAUGGAUGUACUUCUCUACCAAAGCGCCUAUCGUGAGCAGAUUAUGAGCAUAGUUCAACAGGAGUGCAACCGAAUUUUCAAACUCUUUAAAUCUCGCAACCCGUCAUUCCGGGGUUCAGUCAGUCUCUGUGGUCAUUCUCUUGGGAGUGCUAUUAUGUUUGACAUUCUCUGCCGCCAACAGAGCAGUUCUGUUAAUGAUCCACGUGCAGGUCCUGCUAUGAAGGAUGGAAAAUCUGAAACAACGCUAAAGGAACUUAACACUUACCCUCUUGACUUUGACUGUCAAGAAUUCUUCUGUCUAGGAUCUCCCAUUGCUCUUUUCCAGAUGUUAAAGGGAAAAACCAUCGUCGGCAGAUCAUUCGUCGGGCACGAAACACGGAGCCCAGUGAGCUUCACCAACGAGUCCUUACCGGGUUCUCCGCAGUCGCUGAACAAUACUGGAAAUGCCCAUGGAAGACAUAAGCAUUACGAAAUUCCUCCCAGUGUCUCUUCACCUAAGUGUGAACAGCUGUACAAUAUCUUCCAUCCGUCUGACCCUGUAAGCUACCGUCUCGAACCUUUGAUAUCUCCAGCUAUGACUGCUCUUAAACCGCAGCCAUUGCCGUCAGUGAAAAAGAGUAUUUGGACUACGUCAGGACAGAGUCUCUCCAACAUCAGUUCUCGUGUGGGCUCCUUGUGGACAAACUUCACAUCGGGGGUCGCCAGCAGCCUGUUGAAUCGUAGUUUGGGACUACAUUCUGAAGACCCGGCAGCCUCGGGGUCUGCAACUGCUCGCUCACAACAGACGCAGAGCGGCACAGUCUCUGAGAAUUCAAAUGAAAAAGAUAGCAAUACUCCUUGGAAUGAGGAGGUACAAGGAGCUGAUGGGGACUUCCAAACCCUCAUCGAUCCAGAAUUGGAGACUCUUUAUGAAGGUUUUCGGAAAUCGAGACAUAACCGCCAGAAAAAUACACCAGGAGAGUCUGGAAAUGUCAUGGAACAGCUGGAAGCCGAAGAGCGGGCGAAAAGACUCAAGGUCGAGGAGGCAAAGGUUAGGGCUUUGAAUUCCAAUGGCCGGGUGGACUAUAGUAUACAAGAACGAAGAUGUAAAUCAUUUCAUGCUCUCCCAAAUGCUUUCGAGGAUGCGAAGAGAAAGACGAAAAUGACUUAUGGACAUGCUGCUUCCAUCAAAAGAGAUUACAUUACAAAUGUCCCUGAAACUGCUUAUUCACGCAGAGACAAAAUUAGUCCACUUGUUGAUUUUUCUAACUGCAGUUAUCUGGAUAAGUGUAGCAAUGCCAAGCCAUCUACCUAG